AUGCUCAACGGGGAGACUGGGACGUGGCGUCCGAAAGGCAAGGGAGAGAGGCUGGGCUGGGAGAAGAGAGAUUAUAACGGCUACUUUGAUGGAGCUCCUAUUAUGAACUCAGGCCCUCAGCUAGGGACUUCCCAUGCAUCCGUUUCUGUUCCAAGAUUUGACAAGAUUCCGUGGUUUAGUGAGGCCAGCCUCAUAAACAAGCCAUUAGUGCUCAGCCUCCUGAAAAGGUAUCCUCAUUCCUCUGCCUCUUUUCUGGUUUCAUCCAAGAAGGAUAUGAAUUUGCCAAUUUUGUUCCAAGUUCCAGAUGUCUUAUCUAAGGCCGGGAGGAAUCGGAGAGACCCCACACUGAUCAGAAACAAGCAGCUCUGCUCCAUGUGUCGAGAAAUGAAAAUGGUGCAACCAAGAACUAUGAUAAUCCCAGAUGAUCUGAAACUAUCCUCUAGCAAUUGUAUCAGUUUCAGAAUGCUGAGUCUUCAUCCACCAAAAGCCCAGACUGUACCCAAACGUCCUCGUGAUGACAUCCCAACAGAGAGCGUUUGCUACAGACUGCCCAUUCUGGGCCCCAGAACAGCUGUCUUCCGUGGACUGCUGUCAGAUGCCUACAAAACUCUGCAGGAGAUGCAGCUCUCUUCCUUGCCCAAAAAGGAACCAGUGGGCAAGACAAUGAGGCAGUGA